CUAUAUCAAAUGGACGAAGGUGACCUGGUAGCUUCAUCGAAUGGAAAUCCUGCAACGCAUACUUAUGCAGACCUCUAAUGUCAGAAUCAAUGCUCAAAACACGGCUGGCGAUGGAUGACCGGCCAGUAAAAAAUCUAGAGAAGAAAGUCAGUUCAUGGCUGGCACAUCUGCCAAAUGAAUCUAUAGAAUCGGCAAAGAGCAAUUGUGAUGCACUUUUGAUUCAAAUAUCCAAUUACCAGACAAGCAUUGAGAGACAUCCACUCAUUCAAGAAGCAAAUACAAAAGAUAUUACCAAAUAUGCCGAUAUUGUUGAAGACACAGUCAAGAAAGAAGCUGAAGCAAGGGAUCAAAUCUCUGAUUUGAAAGAGGACUUAAAAAAGGCUCAAAAGGUUCGAGAUAAUAAGCUAGAGUAUGACCAAGUAGCUCGCGAAAUUCUCAAGCUGGAGACAAGAGAAGCUUACCAUGAGUCAAUCGCCCAAUUACAAAGCGAUAUCGAUAUGCUGAGACGCGAAAAGCUUAACAAAGAAGAAGCAUUAAGCUCCAGAAAGAGAAAGUUUGGAGAAAUGAUUGAUAUCGUAAAACGUCUUCAGAAAGAUAUUGAAGAAGAACGAGCACGAGGGCACAAAACACAAAAGAUUCUUAUGGAUAUGGGAAGAGACUACGAGUCCUCUGAUGACGAGUCAAUUCAUGGGGAUGACCACGAGAGUUCACCUGAAGCAGACGCAUUGGGAACUACUGGUAACUUCCAUCGUUUCCAAGAGAGAGACAAUGAUGACGAUGACGAGGAAGGAGAAGAUGAGGAAGGAAUGGUUCCUGAUGGAGAGGAUGGUGCUGUAGUAUUUAAUGAAGCAAAUUAAGAUAUAUAUACAUAUUUAUAUGGAAAAUAUAAGAUAGUUACAAAAUAAAUAUAUUAUAUUAUAUUAUAUU